UGAUCAGACCAGAAGAGCAACAAGCUCAGUCAGACUGUGGAUUUACGGAAAGCACUUGACUUCUCCCAGUCAUCAUGCUUCGACAGUCCUGGUCCUUAUUGGUGUUACUGCUGUUUGGGGUUCAGGUUGCCAUUGUGGUAAGAGCUCACUCUGGAAAUAAUCUGGUACGACACAAAAGAGAGUGGGUUCUUCCUCCAAAGCCUUUGACGGAAAAUGUAGACUACACUCAAAAGGAAUCUAUUGCCAAGAUCCGAUCAGACUAUCAAACUGGGGGACAAACUAUUAUGUACUCCUUAGAGGGUCGAGGAGCAAACCAGUAUCCUUUUCAUGUGUUUGUGGUUGACCCUCGUACUGGUAACGUUCGGGUUACCAAAAUUCUUGACAGGGAGGAGAUUGACACCUACGAACUCAAAGGUAUUGCUAGAUACCCAAAUGGCACUGAAGCAGAGAAAGCCAUUGACCUACGUAUUAAAGUUGUAGAUCAGAAUGACAAUGCUCCAAACUUUGGUUCAUCUGUACUGAAAGCUACGGUGGAUGAGUGCAGUCCUACAGGGACUACAGUUAUGAUAGUCAAUGCUACCGAUGCGGAUGAAGAAAACACAAAGAAUUCUAAGAUUGCCUACUCCAUUAUAAGCCAGAAACCCAAUGCCUAUUUUGACAUGAGUACGGAUGGCUUUCUCGUUGUCAAGAGUGCUAUGUUGGACAGAGAGAAAGAAGACACAUACUUUCUAACUGUGAUGGCAAAAGAUUUAUAUGGUGAAGAAGGGGGACUCACUGCAACUGCCACUGUUACUAUAACACUUAAUGAUGUGAAUGACAAUCCUCCAACUUUGGAAAAAUCGGAAUAUGAGGGUGUCAUUGAGGAGAACACAGCUGGUGUUGAGGUGAUGAGGAUCAAAGCACAAGAUCUGGACGAGAGGGCGACGGACAACUGGGAAGCUGUUUAUGAGAUUGUCAAAGGCAAUGAGGCUGGAUAUUUCAGCAUAAAAAAUGAUCCCUUAACGAAUGAGGCAAUCCUAAUGCUUGAUAAGGCUGUGGACUAUGAGGAUGUAAAAAACCUGGAGCUAGGGCUAGCUGUAAAGAACAAGGCUCCUCUGUUUGCUGGAUCUGGUGCCAAUGGUGGAGCUAAUAUAGGUUUUGGAGGUGGGGCUGGUGGUGCCAGUGGUGCCAGCGGUGCCAGCGGUGCCAGCGGUGGCAGUGGCACCGGUGGUGCCACUGGUGCCACUGGUGCCACUGGUGCCAGUGGUGCCAGCGGUGCUAGUGGAACAACAUUUAAAACCUAUCCAAUCAAAAUCAAUGUAAAGAACCAGCCAGAAGGACCACAUUUUGAUCCAGCGGUCAAAGCUAUUCCCGUCACAGAAGGAGGCCAAUCUUUCACCAUGAAUCAAGUGAUUGCAAGUUAUCCUGCAACAGAUAAAGACACUGGGAAACCAGCGGAGAAUGUAAAAUAUGUAAAAGGAUCUGACCCCGAAAACUGGUUUACCAUUGACCCUAAGACAGCUGAGAUCAAACUGAUCAAGAAGCCCGACAGGGAGUCUACAGCACUGGUCAAUGGGACAUAUUUUGCUAAAAUACUCUGCAUCACAGAAGAUAUGCCAGCUAAAACAGCUACUGGCACUAUAGCCAUCCAGGUGGAGGAUUAUAAUGACCACUGUCCCACGCUGACCAGUGACACCAAGUUUAUGUGCACAUCAAAGAACAGUAUCAUUGUUUCUGCCAAAGAUGAGGAUGCAUUUCCUAAUGGAGCACCUUUUCAAUUUAUCAUUGUCCCAGAGGGCACAGAGGGAACUUGGCAAGUGGAGCACUACAAUGAUACUGCAGCUAUUGUGAGGACAAAGGAGAACAAGUGGCCUGAUGUCUACAACCUGAAGCUUCAAGUGAAAGACCAGCAGGGAAAGGCUUGUCAGGAACCACAAGAAAUUAAGGUGUAUGUCUGUGAUUGUGGGGAUGGAGUUGACUGUGCAAAAACAAUGAUCGGCAAAGAUCGGCCACAACCAAUAUUAGGAGCUGCAGGCAUCGGACUUCUUCUUCUGGGACUGAUGCUUUUACUAUUCAUUCCACUCUUGAUGUUCCUUUGUCAGUGUGGAGGUGCUACAAAAUAUAAGGACCUCUUUACCGAGGUGCCUUUUUCCACAAAGUCAUAUCUUAUUAACUACCACACUGAGGGCCAUGGAGACAAUGCGGAGGUUCCUUUGAUGAAUGCGCCACCACAGAGGAUUAUUGGCACAACUCAACAAGCUGUAGAAAUGGUACCAGGGGCAGGUUUGGAAAUGCAGCAAUCUGUUGCUUCCAUUAAUUUGGGCACCUUCCAAGGUGAGACGCAUUGGAAGGCGCCACUUCCUUCAAGUGGCCACAAAGAAGGAAUUUGGGGGAUGAACCAGUGGGAGGGCAGUGCCUUCUACUCAGAGUCCAAUGGCAGAGAGUCAAGAGGUAGAGGAUUUACUGAUGGCAUGAUUGCGACAGACAGCUUCCUGAAUAGUUACUACAACAAGGUUUGCAGUAGAGAUGAGAAUCCUGGGAUAAAAGAUGGUCUGUUGGUGUAUGACUAUGAAGGCCAGGGCUCCCCUGUUGGCUCUUUGGGCUGCUGCAGUUUUUUGGAAUCAGACAUUGACGUGCAAUUCCUUAAUGAUCUUGGACCAAGGUUUAAAACGCUUGCUGAGAUAUGUGGAGGCAAUACACUCCAAACUGAGAUAACACAGGUGGACACUUCUGUAACUAGUGCUUCGGUAAACAACAUUCAAAUGUCAGAGACAAACUUGGAGACAAGUCAAGAAAUGUCCUAUUCAUCCAAUGUGCCGCCAUCUAACUGCAGAACAGAGCAGACUUUAGUCAGUAAAACAAUGGCGCAAUCUGAAAUAAGGACGAGCAAGGCUGCAGUGGGGGAAGGGAUGAUUUCAGGGCAAACAGGGAUAGCACAUCAGAACCAGAUGCUCGUUUUAAACCAACAACAACCUGUCUAUUUCACAUCCACACCUGUGCUGCAGCCCAUGCAUUAUGUUGUUCAGCAGCCCCUUCAGAGUACCAUGAUACUAGCUGAGGCACCUGCCCCCAAUCUUCAGCAUAUGGUAGUGGUUAAUGGCACUGACAUUGGAGCAUCCCAGGGUGUUAUUGUUCAAGGUCAGACAAUGAUACCCAGUGCACAAACCCAGAGCUUUGGGACAGUGCUGGUGGACAGUAUGGGAAUCCAAGGAACCACUGGAAACUUGGUCUCUGGCGCCCAAAAUAUGAGUUUUGUUGAAGGCAAAGUCCCCGCAGGUUCCAUGAAAGUAUUAAAUGGGAAUCAGGCUAACCUCGUUCAUGGUGGUACUACAGUAAACAAGCUGUCAGAAUCUCAUACAAUCCGGAAAGUUGGGGAGUCAAACAGCAGAGGGCAGCAGCUUCAGAAUGGAAGAGGUUUGCUCCAAAAGAUUGAAGUCUCUGAGAUUCAACAAGUUAGUGGUGGUGCAUCCAAUGGCACUCAUGGCAGUGCAUCUUUCAAACACACUUAGUACAGCCCCCACCAAUAAAACUGUUGAGUAGAAUCAGAGAAAUUAACUAAGAAAUUCUGCCUGUAAAGGGGUCAAUAGACAUCUUUGGUGUGGUCUAAGGUGAUGGGAGCUUAUGUGAGGCAUGUACUAGAUUAAGCAUUAGUGGUCAAAAGUUGUUGUGUAGUUAGAAUUAGAUUUUAUGCCCUGUAAAUUUAGUUCAAAUAGCAUUUGAUUUUUUCUGGCAUAGCUUCUAAAUGUUGACUACCAAAAUUAGCAUGAGAUUAUAGACAUAUUUAGAAGCUUCUACAAUCGCCCUUGAGUUCUCCUAAACUUAAGAAGUUGGAAUCAAGUUAGAUAUAAGCAACACCUCAUAAAAGAUGGUCUUUUCAUUGCUAUCAACAAAGAUGAAAAUUGAAAAUUGAAAUUAUUGAAUUUCCUAACCUAAUUACAGAUGUGACAAAUGCUGAUUUUCAUACUUUUACUUCAAAGCAUUUUCCUUCUUUUCACUAUCAGUUUUUGUAUUCCUGCCUCAAAUAAUCCCACAUUGUUUAUUCUAUAUUUUAUAUUGAUUUAUUAUCACUAAUCUUUUGUAUUUAGUUUGUGUUAACAUAUUGCUAUCUGAAACACUUUUUCUCUCUACAAACAACCAUGUCAUUCCUUUGCUCAAGACUGGUCCUGGGAAUAAAGAACUCUUUCUUACACACACAUUCACACGCUCAAAUGGGGUACCAUAUAAGACAGACAUACUGGUUCUAAUAGGUGUUUUUUUAUCAUGCAUUGAUUAUUUUUGGGUCUAAAAAAAUCUGUUUUUAAGUUCCUUAGUCAAUAUUGUUGGUUAUACAAAUCCUUGUCAUAUUAUUAAAUAAUCAAAGUGAUGGAAAUGUGGGUGUUCCUUGUUAAGAACAAUGGUCAAAAUGUGUUUAUUAAUGUUGGGUCUUAAAAGAAAUGUAUGUUGACCAUGUCGCUAAACCCUGGUUGCAGCUAAAGAAAAAAAUUGCUAAUAAAGGUAUUUUACUCUUCUGUUUUACUUGUGUAUUUUUCCUUAAUUAUUGUUUUCCUAAUACCAAACACUGUAGUUAUUUUGUAAUUAAUGUAAAUUUGGAAGGUGUCCUCACUUUUUGAUGUUUGAGUGUAAAUAAACUGGACUGUUAGA